AUGGACACCACCACGAUAACCACCAACAGCAGCGGCAGCAACCACAACCACCACGACGACGACGAGAGCCGCGGCGAUGUCGAGGAUCAAGCCACCGGCGGCGACGGCUGCGGGGCAAGCCGCGAAAAGGGGGAAGGCGGUGCGAGCGCGGGCAGCUCCGGGAGGCGGCCUCGAGGGCGCCCACCUGGCUCCAAGAACAAGCCGAAGCCACCGGUCAUCGUCACCCGCGAGAGCCCCAGCGCGCUCCGCUCUCAUGUUCUAGAGAUCAGCAGCGGGACCGACAUCGUUGAGGCCAUCUCCAACUUCGCCCGUCUCAGGCAGCGGGGCGUCUGCGUCCUCAGCGCGAGCGGCGUCGUCGUCAACGUCAGCUUGCGCCAGCUCGCCGCCCCUCCCGGAGCGGUCGUCACGCUACAUGGCCGGUUUGACAUUCUGUCCCUCUCGGGCUCCUUCCUCCCUCCGCCAUCGCCGCCUGGCGCGACCGGGCUCACAGUCUACCUCGCCGGGGGGCAAGGCCAGGUCGUCGGCGGCAGCGUGGUCGGGCCGCUCGUCGCUUCCGGCCCCGUGCUGGUGAUUACCGCAACCUUCACAAACGCCACCUACGAGCGGCUACCCAUCGAGGAAGAUGCCACCUCGGCCUCCGCUGGCACCGGUGCCUCUGAGGACCAGCUGCCGCAGGGAGGUGCGAGGGUGAGCGGGGGCACCGACGGGGGCCUCUCCCCUCAUGAUGUCGGUAGAAGGUUCGGGGGAGACCCGGCGGGAAUGCCUCUCUACAGUCUGACGGCGAGCCCCAUGAGCAAUGGCCAUCUUCACCAUGACCUGUUCGGAGCGUGGUCUCAGCAGCAGCCGCCGCACCGCCCCUCGCCGUCCUACUGA